GAAUAGCUGCUGCUCUGUUACAGAGAGAGAAAGAGAGAGUGGUAGUGUGUUAGAGAGGGGGGCUGCUCGCAGAGCUGGGAAUGGAUAUGGCCAACCUUUUCAAACACUUCUUUCGGAUCGGGAAAGUGAAGCAGAAAAGCUGUAUGCGAGAUUUGCCCUCCAGCGCAGAGAAAUACGACUGCGAUGAGCGACUGUAUGACCUCAAUCUGCCUGCACUGGUGAAGUUUAACUACACCGCAGAGCGGGACGAUGAACUUUCUUUGGUGAAGGGCACAAGGGUCGUCGUCAUGGAGAAGUGCAGCGACGGUUGGUGGCGAGGAACCUAUAAUGGUCAUUCUGGAUGGUUUCCCUCCAAUUAUGUCACAGAGGAUUUCGGUGGGACAAUGAGGGCCGCCUCCAUAAGUUCUCUUACAGAUAAACUGGCCUCUGUGGGGCACAAUAACAACGGAUCUCAGGUUCUGCAGACUGUACAGGCACUUUAUCAUUUUAGCUCCGGCAAUGCUGAGGAGCUGAAUUUCGACAAGGAUGAACUUAUGGAUGUGUUGGAGAAACCUGAGAACGAUCCUGAAUGGUGGAAGUGUAGAAAGGAAAAUAGACAAGUGGGUUUAGUGCCCAAGAACUAUGUUACAGUUGUGCAGAAAACACAUAGAGAACUGGGGAUUUCAGGACCACCUACUACAAACUAUGACAUCAAGCCUUCUGUGGACGGGAUGUUAGGAGGAAAACCAUGGUACUAUGGCAAACUGACACGACAUCAGGCUGAACUGGUAUUGAACCAGAGGGGAGUGGAUGGUGACUUCCUCAUCAGAGAUAGCGAGUCUACGCCAAACGACUUCUCUAUCUCUCUGAAGGCGGUGUACAAGAACAAGCAUUUCAAGGUGCAGCUAAAAGAUGGACUCUACUGCAUUGGUCAGCGCAAGUUUGGCUCAAUAGAGGAUUUGGUGGAACAUUACAAAAAGGCUCCCAUAUUUACCAGUGAACGUGGAGAUAAACUGUACCUGAUUAAAGCAUUAAUCUGAGCCUACUCUGCAACAUUUAACCCUAUCUGCAACAACAUGAAACUAAGUUGACUGUGCAUUGGGAUAGUGUGAAAACUUCUUUGAUUAAAUGUUUAAAUAUAAAUGGUAGUGUUUUACAAUUACAUACAGUGCUUCAGCAUUGCUCCAAUUUAGGAUAUUCAGCAAAAUGCAAACUCUAGUAUAUACAGUAUCAGGAUGAUAAGCUAUUUUUUCUAAUUGUACAGCUGUUCCAGUACAGCAGUCCAAAACUCAUUUUCUUACUAGCCCUUUGCAUGUACUUUAUGUUCAUACGGUAGGCUUAUUGUGAUUAUUCAGUUUUGAAGUGGUAAAAGUGUUAAGAUUGCAUCAUUCUAAAUGAAAUAUCACCGCAGUUUUGACCUUUCAUGACCUUUCUUGCUAUGUUGUUAUUUUGUAAGUGCCAAACCGUUACUUAUAUUUUAGGGAGACUAUACUGUCAGAGCUGAAUCUUUGUUCAUUUUCUUGCUUAACUGCUAAUUUCCAAUUGUAACAACUUAUAUACUGUGAAUGUUAUUUCCUUCCACUAUGAACUUAGUUUUCUUUUACUUUAACAUUUCUUGAUAAAUGUUAUUAAAACUCUUAAUAAUAAAUGAAGUAUUAUACAUACAA